UUCAUUCGUUGCACCAAAGCCCAUGAUAUGCAGACUGUGUAGGCCACCGUGUCUUGAGGAUUUGCUAUGUAUGUAUGUAUGACGUUGAACUUCUUUCGCACCGUAUGCUGUGCUUCUCGUUGUGGGAGUGUUGUAAGGAGAUUGGCUUUUUUUCUCAUAACACGACGAAGAAGACGGCCUUCAUGGUGACAGAUUCGGAAUGUCAUUUGGGAUUUUUAAAUAAUACCAUAAUAUAAAUAAAAACUAGUGGACGUUGCAAACGAACCGCUUGCGUUAAGCCAAAAAGGACAUGGUGCCACGCAUACUUGGGACUGAUUAAUAGUGGGAAGGAAACGUGUGGAGGUCGAUCUGGGUGGAAAAUGCAGAAACGACGAAUUUUCCACUUUCACUUCGCGCUGAGCUGAGCAAGAGUUGCUUUUUGAUCUGUCUGAGAAACAAAUUCACAAUUAACCUCUUACCUACAGGCUGCGAAGAAUGAUUUUCCCGUGAGAGACCAAGAAUUGCAAAGACCGCCGCCACACGAGACUCCAAAUCCAUCCGCGUUGUGAAAUGGAUCUGCAAACCGCUGACACAACUGCGCCCACCCUUCACUACGAGCCGAUUAGCUCCGUGCCACCCAGCCUGUGCCAGCUGCACGACUCCUUCAAACACGACGUCUAUACGGCGGUGUACACCGUCAUCGCCGUUUUGGGGCUGCCCGCACACUCGCUCGCCCUCUACGUGUUCACCCGCCACUACAAGAAAAACAACUCCUCCAGGAGCUACUGCAUCAACCUGGCUUGCGCCGACCUCCUCUACAUCCUCACGCUGCCGCUCCAAAUCGUCUACUAUUCGCGGAAUAGCGACUGGCCGUUCGGCGACGCCCUUUGUCGGCUCACGAUUUACACCUUCUACGUGAACCUCUACGGCAGCAUCUUCUUUCUGACGGCCAUCAGCGUCAACCGCUACCUGGCUGUGGCGCGCCCCAUGCAGCAGUGGAGAGGCCAUGGCAAAUGGACCAGGGUGGUGUGCGUCUCCAUAUGGGCCUUCACUGCGCUGUGCAGCCUUCCCAUUGUGCUCACGGGCACCUACGAGUCCGACGGCCGUGUGCGCUGCUUAGAGCCCGCGAGAGAGACCGCCAACAGAGGGAUCAUGAACAACGUUUCCUUCGCGAUUGGCUUCGUCGUCCCGCUGGUCGUCAUUGUUUUCUGCUACGCAGCGCUGCUCAAGCAUUUGAUGCAGGGCAGGGGAACCGGUGGUGCCCAACGAAGGAUGUGGAGGACCCAGAGAAGGAUCUGGGCCCUCAGCAUUACCGUGGUGUUUCUCUUCGUGGCUCUGUUCCUGCCAUAUCACGUCGUGCGUUCCAUCUCUUUGUAUGCUGGACUGCAGGCCGAGCUUCCCGACGCAGUGGCCUGUGAGAAGUAUAGAGCCUUGCAGCCGACUGUGGUCGCGACAGUCUGCAUGGCGACGGCCAAUGGCUGCUUCGAUCCCGUCAUUUACUUCUUCUGCAGCAAGCAUUUUCGUAGUUUCCUCUGCCGCGUGGUGUAUGUCCCCAUCUUCCAAGUAAAAAGCAAACGCGAGCAUUUGCAACACAACCCUGCUGUAUAUCUCAAUAGCCAGUUCUGCAACAGUGUUAUUCUGCCUCCGCCGCAAAAAUAUGUUACAGCAACCAUGCCAGACGUCUCUGCACAGGAUUUUGUGACCGUAGAAUCCAUGGAUAUCAAGACAUCCGAGGAUGUUUGAAGGAACUGCCUGCAACGCAAGAUGCAUUAUUAGGAUACAAUCGUGAGGGCCCAAUCCGAAGAAUGUUCAUUCGUGUCUAAAAUCUUUUAGUUUUGUCUCACAGCACCAUACGCAUGGGAUCCAUAUGCCCAUAUCUCAAUUGUAUCUGCUUACAAAUGUGGUUGACAACACUCCUUGUUCAUGUACCUUCUCUGCUGUCUCCUUUGAGUCAUCUUGGCCCCUAUUUUUCCCAACCACCAUGUAAUUUCAACACUGUCGCGUCUACAUUCCUGCAAUACCUUGCUCAAUCAACUUUUCCUUCACCAUCACUGAAACUAAAAUAAUAAUGUGCAGUCAUAUUUCAAAGCACUGUUGGAUUAUGGCCUCCCCACGCUGUUGCUAUGUGCGUCUAAUCUCAAUGCUCGGGUGGCUCUUUAACAUGCAUUACACUGAAAUGCAGACGAUAGCUAGGCCAUGGCUGGAUUUUGUAUGAUGGCAAAUGGCAUACGAAUGGCUGCAAUACAGCAACCUAGUAAACAUGCAACGCUGGGCCAACUUUGCCAUGUGGUUGAACCCGCUGAACCAACGAUGGCCCAGCGUUUGUCCAACGUUCCAUGUAUACAGCGAACGUUUUUCAAUAUUAUGAUACUGUCUUGUGAUUCUGCCUAUACCAGUGUGCUCCAUUGCAAGUUGCCAUCAUACAAAGUCCAGCCAUGUUCUUCAUUGCAAGGCCCACGGCCCACUGGUGGCCCCUGGUGGCCUUUAGUGGGGCCCCUAACGUGCGGUCCCCCCAACAACACACCGCUUGCAGUCGGUGUGGCAGCCCUCACCCUGAUGUUGUAACUGCGAAAGUGCACCACCCCCCCCCCCCUCUCAGAAAAUGAGUGAAGAACACUGCCCUUUACAGUCGUUAUCAUCAGGUGCAUUUUCGCGCGUGCUGUUUGAUGUGGAUUCCAUCCACUUCUGUCGCUGUUUUCAGCCACCUUUGCUGCCGUUGUCGUCCAUCGCAUUGCCCCAGUUCUGUCCGUUGUGUCAUUCAAUUUGGACCAAGUUCUUCCCCUCUUCUGUCUUACGUGCCUCUUUUGCGCUAGUAUUUGUGGUAACCUCUUGAUUGCAAUAAGACUGUAGGUCCUCUUUUGCGUGUGUCAAUUCAGUUUCCCUUGCGAAACCGCGUGGGUGCUAAGCCACCCACAACUUUUCCACUUCUCUUUCUCGUGCGGACAACAACGAUGACAAGCCUGCCGGUUGCGGAACUUUUACACAUUUUGUGCCGAUUGCCAAUCGGUGUUCUGCGCUCUAGAACGGUGAUAAUUCAAGCAUUUCCAUUCUACCAUAAUGUGUGAAUUCAAAUAUUCUCAGCAAUAAUUUCAAAAUGUUUCAUCACACACUUUUACAGUAGAGUACAAUAUAUAUUUUUUCAGUGUAAAUAGUUGUGAUCCAUGUCAUAGCUGAUACAGUACGUAUACGACUACUGGACAUGUUCUUCGCUGGGAACGUCGGUACACUGUUUUUCGUUCUUGAGUUUUCCAAAGGCAUUCCAUCCUGUUCCUGUCAAAAGUUUUUUUCUUGCUUUUGAUUGAAAAUAUUGUACAUUUAAUACAUUAUAACAUGCUGCCUUAAGCCAUUAGUGCACAUACAUAAUUGUCAGUUAUGUCAUUAACAGAGGUAAUGCAUUUGUUUUUGCAUCACUGUCUAUACUAAAGUCCCUAAAAUCGAAUUAAUAUUCCGAUGGAUGUUUUGUUAAGAAAUACAUUAAUAACCCCGGAUGUACGUCGUCUCCUUUUUAUGUCGUUUCGUAAACAUGUCGUAACUUGAUUAAUACCACUACCAGAUUUGCAUAGCCUCAAACCACACAUCAUUGGCAGCAUCGUCCGACGUUUCUAUCACCUCUCAGCCUUCCCCUCCACCUACCCUAGAAAUCGCCUUGAUUUACGUCGUUUCGAUAUUCGCUGUUGCACCUUUCAGGAACGCACCCUCGACGUAAACCAGGUUACUGCUUUACCUUCUUGAAGUGAAUCCCAGCAAACAUGCAACCUUGCGCCAAGGCUGGCACGGAGUUGAAACCAUUGGACCAAUGUUGGCCCAACGUUCCAUAUUGACUGGGAUGCUUGUCCCGCAUAUUUGUGGUGACUAUUUUAUUGUUUGAAAUUAUUCAAUAAAUGCUGAUGGGGGAAAAAAAAAGACUUUACCGUUCAUACUCUGAGGAAUGAAGAGAUUCAAUACCGUGAAGGACGAGCUGGUAGCAGCGAUUAACCUCUCUUGGGGCGAGGCUCAAACAAGUUGGCAAGGACAGGAAGAAGUGGAAACUCAUUGCGACCUCGUAUCCCAUCGGGGAUCAAGAGGAUUAACUAACUUAUACUCUCGGGUCAUGGGUCAGUUUCUGAACAUGGCUCAUUCAGUUGUUCCUCUUUGGUUCUUUCGGUAAAGUCACGUAGGUGAAAAAUAAAAAAAACAAAUAAAUGUCAAUAAAUCACGACGUUUCGGAUGCAACACAAGCGUCCGUCAUCAGGUGGGAACAAUGACAGCAAAAAAACAGUUUCUGAAAUAGGCAAAAGAGCUGCGAUUACCAGGGGGUUAUAUAAGUGAGGGGUGGGUAGCCAAGUAUAGAGAGAGGGUGCAGGGGAAAGGAGGCAAAUGAGACAUUGAGGGUCAAUGGCCUCAAGAGCAGCGGGCGGUACAUGGAGCGCCUAAGUGGCAAGAUUGGUGGGACAAGGUAAACACAUGAUUUAAUAAAUUAAGAUGUGUACACGUAAACACACAAAUUAAAAUGUUUCCAUAAAUAAACUUGCACAUUGAACAUUACUGCUGAGCCAAGAAUGUGUCCCGCGCGUGACGGCACUCCACAUGAGGCUCCCAGCGUGACGUCACUCCACAUAAGGCCCCCAGCGGACGUCACCCCACAUGAGCCCCCCCC